AAAGGCAAAUGAACCGACCCCAAUAUUCUCUCUCUCUCUCUACUUUCUAGCUUCACCUUCUGUUAGAAGAAAUUUUUUUUUUUUUUUUUCUGAAAACAAAAAGGUUGAAAAAAGCUUAAAUAUUUUCGCUGUCUUUACCUCUGUCACUCUUCCUCUGCGCCUGUCACUUUCUCUCUGUUUUUUUCUUUCCAGUAGCCGCCAUUAGCCAGUCAUUCUGCAGCAGCUUCGCUUCCUAACAGUCUUUACUUUUUCCAUUUAUAUAUACAGAGAUAGAUAUAUUAUAUAUACGCUGCAAGAAACUAGCAAGAACGCAGAGUAUUAUUGUACAAAAUUUCUUUGCAAAAAAAACCAUUUUGUUCGAUCAGAAAACUUCCCAUGGCUGAAAAAGAACAAGAUCAUAAAUCAUCCUACACUUCCCAGGUAGUAGAAGAGCUGAGAGAGCUAUGGAGCAUGGCUUUACCCAUAACAGCAAUGAACGUCCUGGUGUUCGUCCGAGCUGUAGUGUCAGUCCUAUUCCUCGGCCGACUAGGAAGCCUAGAGCUCGCCGGAGGAGCACUUUCCCUCGGCUUCACCAACAUUACAGGCUACUCUGUUCUAAUGGGUUUAGCUUCAGGUCUCGAACCCGUAUGUAGCCAAGCCUACGGUAGCAAAAACUGGGACCUACUCUUCCUCUCCCUCCAGCGUAUGAUCCUCAUACUCUUCAUAGCAAUCAUACCCAUCAGUCUACUCUGGCUGAACCUCGAGAACAUCAUGGUCUUCAUGGGUCAAGACAGAGCAAUCACAUCAAUGGCCGCGACUUACUGUAUCUAUUCCCUCCCAGACCUUUUCACAAACACAUUAUUGCAGCCCCUGAAGGUUUUUCUUAGGUCACAGAAGGUGACCAAACCGAUGAUGUACUGCACGCUAGUGGCGGUGUUAUUCCACGUGCCGCUGAAUCUGGGCCUGGUGGUGGUAAUGGGUUUGGGGGUUCGUGGGGUUGCAAUGGCUUCGGUGCUCACGAAUUUGAACAUGGUGGGGUUGAUGGCAGGGUACGUAUGGUGGUGGUGGGGAUCAGGUGGAGGAGGGGGAGGAUCAUCAUCAUCAUCACCAUCAUCAUCACAAUCAUCGUUAUGGAAAUGUUCCAUGAUGGCGAUGAUGGUGAAAUGGAGGGGUGGGAUUGGAGAUGUGUGUGGUGGGUUGGGCCCACUAAUGAGAUUGGCUGUCCCAAGCUGUUUGGCGAUAUGUUUGGAAUGGUGGUGGUAUGAGAUAGUGACGGUGUUGGCUGGGUACUUGCCGAAUCCUACGCUGUCUGUGGCCGCCACUGGGAUUCUUAUACAGACCACUAGCAUGAUGUAUACUGUCCCUUUGGCUCUCUCCGCCUGUGUCUCUACCAGGGUUGGAAAUGAGCUGGGAGCUGGCAAGCCAUAUAGAGCCAAGCUAGCAGCCAUGGUUGCUUUAGGAUGUGCUUUCUUGAUUGGCUUCAUCAAUGUGACAUGGACGGUGAUCCUUAGAGAAAGAUGGGCAGGUUUGUUCACAAAAGAUGAUAUGGUGAAGACAUUGGUUGCGUCAGUUAUGCCAAUCAUGGGGCUAUGUGAGCUUGGCAAUUGUCCACAAACCACUGGCUGCGGGAUCCUACGUGGCACAGCUCGGCCUGCUGUGGGUGCCCGUAUAAACUUAGGGUCAUUUUACUUCGUGGGCACCCCAGUAGCGGUUGGGCUAGCAUUUUGGCUCAAGGUUGGUUUUGGUGGGUUGUGGUUUGGUCUAUUGUCUGCUCAGGUUGCUUGUGCUGUGUCUAUUCUCUAUGUUGUGCUUGUCCGUACGGAUUGGGAAGCUGAGGCAAUGAAAGCUAGGAAGCUCACUGGUGUAGAAAUGGCUUCCGUAUGCAAUGGAGAGAGGGAGGAUGUGAAAGAUGAAGAUGAAGAAAGCAAAAGCCUUUUGACCAACGGAAAUGAUAUUUAGUAGGAACAGUAUGGGACUUUUUUGGACAGAAUAGAAAGUUGUGAGAAGGAAGUGAACCUCUUGUUUCAAUUGGGGGCUUUAUUGUUUUGUUUUGUUUAUUCUGUUGGUGGUGUUGCUUUUGAUGGAAGAGGCUGACUCAUAAUGCUUAGAAUUUUGUGUUUUAGAGUGAUGGGUUGGUGUUUAUUUUUAUGGGCAUGAUAAAAAAAUGUGUUUCACUUUUUUUGGAGGCAAGGGAUAGUGUUGGUCCCUAUGCAAAAUGUAACAUAUUUUUAAGAAGAAUGCCCUACAUUUUGGUUCUGUUAGAAAAGUGGCUUUGUUGUUUUGUGAUUUCAUAUAUUUAAAAAGGUCUCGGAAAACUCCAAAAAAUGAAAAAAGUUUGGUGUAGCUUUGGAGUGUGUAUAUAUAUAUAUAUAUAUGCAAUAGUUAGAUUUAUACCACAAUGCUUUACAGAAAGCAACUAGUUAUGUUGGUUACUAUUAUGAACAAGUAUAUGAAUAUCAUUUACUUGCAAACAAUUACUUCAGUACAUUGAAUUC